UCAACCUGGACCUUGUCCUACAUACAGCAGAAGCGGGCACAAUGGCAGAUAAGGCCGUUUCAAGUUAUAUGCGACUAUUCGACGGCGUACAGCAAUACCCAGCAUUGGCGCUCCUGACUCACACACCCGCAGAACCGUUGCUGUCGCUGUGCGCCGCGCAUAAGCUCUUCAUCAGCAAAGACGUGUUCUCCAAGGCGUUUCGCACCCUGGUUAAAGACCUCUGUAGAGGAAACCUGGUCCCAAAAGAGGAUAUUGACGAGCUCGCUGCCAGAAUUUUUUUGUAUUGCCCUCGAGUACUUGCCCUCAAGAGAAAUAGAGGCGAGCAGGAGCCGCUCAGGUACGUUCGCUUGAUCGACUGGCUGGAGUGCCUCCUUGGACCAUGUCUGGACGAGGAAUUCAAAGAAAAAUUCGCCAACCAUCACAUCAAUUUCACACAUUGGCUGGUGACAAAAGCGGCUCUCCCUGAGGAAGUGACCAGCAAUUUCCUCGCUAACUUGUGGGUGAGAGGCAGCGCACUGCAAUGUUCGCAUAAUCAAGAAUCGUUCGACUACGCGGUCGUCUGCUACACCGGUUCCGUAGAGGAUGACGCCCCCUUUGACCCCACCCAGUUAACGUUUGUUUACGGCCAGGUCAAGUUCAAGGUGAAUCCGGAUUACCAGGCGCGGGACAGAAUCCGGCCCAUUGGCCUGACCGACCAGCUGAAGCGCACAGGGGAGCCGUACCUGGUCCUGUUGAUGGACUUUGGCACGGAGGCACCUUUCUCUGAUACCAAUACACGUGUCCGCAUGAGAAAGCCUGCCCGUCACUCUACUCGCCCGACAAGAUCGGCGAGUAAACAGAGUAGCAAUCGCGCAGUCGAUAGACAGCGUUGGACGCUCGAGAUGCGCGGCCGUACCGCUGAGACAUACCCUGUUCUGAAGGAACUGAGCGUCGACGACCUCUUCGUGGCCCUGCUCGACAGCUUUCAACCGUGGGCAGAGGCACUAUGCGAGGAAACCCGGCCGUGCUCUCGCUUCUAUGGCCCGCCGGUCCAGUGGAUGGUGGACUUCGUUACGGACAGAAACGGUCUCAACCAAGGCGAUGUUGACAUGAAAGACGGAUGAGGUGUCACUUCCGCACGUGGAGUAGUGUAGAUAUCACAAUGUACCAGUAACUGAAUGGUGUUUGA